AUGGGUGACAUCUCGCUUUUGCACAAUGAAGGAUCUUCCACCUCCACUCCUCAAAUCAUUACUAUUCAAAGUCACAACUCCCUGCUCCUUGUCGGCAUCACCUUGACUGAGACCAAUUAUGCCUUAUGGUCUCAAGUCAUGGAGAUGCGCAUUACUGCCUCGGAAAAAGUGGGUUACCUAACUGGUGACACUUCCAAAUCUCCUAAGCUCUCGUCCACCUCCAACAAAUGGUGUACCGAGAACUUUCGGGUCAAGAGGUGGUUAAUCGACUCCAAAGUCUUUUCAUCCAGUUAA